AAGCUUGGGUCAAUUUAGUUCUAGUGAGAUCAGCGUAAGUGGCAGUUUAUUUCGUCUUCGCAGUUACAAUAAUCCGCGACUUCGCGACAGUCGCGAUAGAGCUCGACUCGCUCCGAGGGGGAAUAAAAGGCGACGUUUUUACGGGUGAAAAAAUAGAGCCGUGUCAAAAAUACGAGUGAAAACGGACGACAGCUGCCGGUUUAUCGAAUCGAACAAUAUUGCCCACGCGGUAAAUUAAGAUGGUCAAGUUCUUGAUCACCUGCGUCGCUCUUUUGAGUUCAUCCGUGUGCCUCGCCCAAGGUGAGAUGUACGGAGGACGUUGGUUGGACAAUCUCUACGCGAAUAUAAACAGGAUGACCAGCAAUAUCAACGAGAAUCUGAGGAGCUUGAACGACCAAAUUCAGGACGGCGUUCGACGCGGUCAAGAAAGUAUAGAUAACAUGAACGCCAAUAUCCAGGAAGGUGUUGCGAAUCUCAAUCGUAACAUUGAGCAGGAUCUGCAGACCGAAGAGGAGAGGAUCAAUCAAAUAACGGACGAGAUCAGGCGAAACGUGAUAGUCGUAGGUCAAAAUGGAGCCAACUCGAUAAAUGUGCGAUCCGGUCGUGGAUAUCCGGGUCAGUCGAUCUCGAUAGAUUCGAUUCCGGGUGGUACGAGGACGAUAUAUUCAGGUACAACGGGGAACGGUCGAUUGUACUACAGGGAGAGCGAAGACGUGGUCAUCGGGAAUACGUUGUAUCAUACCGCCAGGGUUUACAACCACACCAGCCAAGCCAUGGACGAGUACCGCUACACCCUCGAUCUUGCAGAUCCAUCGGCGAGGCCCGUCUACCUUCCGACCAACCAAGGAAACACCAUGACGAUCCCUAACGGAAGAUCGGAAACGCCGCCUGCCACCGAAUCCGCCAACUGAUGGAUUCGUCGCAUUUGAAAACACGCGAUCGUUACUGUCUCUAUUUUCAUUUCGAUUAAAUAAAUUUAUGCGCUUCGUCGAAGCGACGAUCAUUGAUGGAAAUUUAUACAUCCAUUUCCAAAGAUACGAGAAAAGUAAAACUUCCGCUGACCAGA